AUGGCCAGCACAACACUAGUGAGUCUCAUCUCAGUAUUCUUGCUUUGCAUUACAAUAGCCCAAGGGAGAAAAACACUUCACACUAGCCAUGAAUUUUCAACAUCAUCUCUGGUUAGCCAUGAUGCCGGUAUCUGCAAAACUAUGGUAGAGACACAAGGUUACGCAUGUGAAGAACAUAAGGUUACAACACAGGAUGGCUUCAUCCUCAGCUUGCAGAGAUUACCAGCGAGGCGGUCCGGCGAGAAAGUAAACAAACCACCUGUGAUAUUACAACAUGGUCUCUUUUCUGAUGCUGUAAUAUGGCUGUUCAACUCUCCAGAAGAAUCAUUGGGAUUUAUUUUAGCAGAUAGUGGAUUUGACGUGUGGCUUUUCAAUGGUCGUGGCACAAAAUAUAGCUCCAUGCACACAUCAUUAACUCCUAAUGACAUGGCUUAUUGGGAUUGGUCAUGGGAUGAAUUAGCUAGUUAUGAUCUUCCUGCUUCAGUUGAAUAUGUUUACAACUACACCGGUCAAAAAAUGCACUAUGCAGGCCAUUCUCAAGGAACUUUAAUGGCGUUUGCUGCUUUAUCACAAGGAAAACUUGUAGAUAUGUUGAGAUCAGUUGCAUUACUUAGUCCAAUUGCUCAUAUGAAUCAAAUUUCUUCAAUUGGAACAAAACUUGCUGCUGACCUAUUUAUAGCUAAUGAUAUAUAUUGGUUAGGCAUCCGGGAAUUCAAUCCUAAUGUCGAUGUUGGAGCAAAGUUUUUGGAAGGCAUAUGCAACACUCUACACAUCAAUUGUGCAAACCUGAUGUCGGUUUUCACAGGUCCAAAUUGUUGCAUAAAUUCUUCUAGGAUAGAUGUUUAUCUUGAUCAUGAACCACAGCCAACAUCAACCAAAAACUUGAUCCAUUUUUCUCAAAUGAUAAGAACAGGAAAUAUAGCAAAGUAUGAUUAUGAUGAUCAAGCACAAAAUGUACAACACUAUGGUCAACGAGUUCCUCCAACUUACGAUUUGACCAAAAUCCCAAAUGAAUUACCACUUUUUCUUGGCUAUGGAGGAAAAGAUACGCUAGCUGAUGUACAAGAUGUGAAGGUUUUGCUCAAUGACCUCCAAGAUCAUGAUGCUAACAAGCUUGUGGCACUGUUCAAUGAAGAUUAUGCACAUAUUGAUUUUAUUAUGGGUGUCACUGCUAAACAAGUCGUUUAUGACCCCAUGAUAGCUUUUUUCAAUGGUUAUUGA